UGGGUCGAUAGGAUGAGUUGUUUCCGGCUGGAUGCCGGCUGUUUCCAUUCACCAAAUGCUAACAACUGAAUGUUGCAUUCGAGCUCGAAGGCUGGGGACGCCCCGCACCUCGUUUUUCGGAACAGCACCAGUUUUCUGGUUAUGUUGGACAGUUUUGGCCUUCAACCUAAACAGAUCACCAUGGAACGCCAUGUCCCAGUCCACCCUUUACCUGAAGAGAUCCAACAGAUGCCUCAGGAUGAGACAGUUUGUAAAUAUUGUGGAGUUAGUUAUCUAAUACAUCGUGACUUCAAAUUAAUGGAAGAAAAAGUGAAAGCAAUGGAAGCAGAAAUGGAAUUUUACCGUGAAAGCAUUGAACGUGAAAAAGAACUGCAAGGAGAACUUUGUUCAAUGAAUCAAUGCUUGGAACACCUGAAAAGUGAUAAUCAACAGAAGAAAGAAAGUUUGAAUUUCUUGAGUAUACAACUUGCAACUAAACAGAAAGAACUGAAGAGCAUGUUUUUGAAAGUGGAAGACAUUGAAGGUCAGCUAGUAGUAGCCCAGAAACAAUCAAAACAUUUCAGGGAAAGAACAAAGCAGCAGAAACACAUCAUGGAGAAAGCAGCCACUUUCCUUCAGGGAAUAAGGAUUGAACUGGCAGUGCUUAGGGAAGAAGUGAGGGGCAAUUUGAUGAUAUGGGGCCCUUUCAGCAAAACACUGACACAUUGCUUGGAGACCACUAGCAGUGCUGUACAGAUAGAAAUGUUUAGGUUGCAAGAAAGCCUUAAGAAAUCUAAUCAAGAAGUAGAUUUCCUUCAACAGCAAGUAAGAGAGCUACAGCUUUUAUCAGACACAAUUGCAUGUCAAACCCAUCAAAUCCAUGUUUUAGAACAGAAAGAAGCUGAACUCCAAAUCAGAUGUUGUGAAUUACAGAAACAUACAUGCAAUCUAGAAAAUCAGCUUAAGACUCAGCAGUUUAGUUUCCAAAAGACGACAGAAGAAAUGGAACAGUGCAAGGAGUUGUUACUGAAUAGAUCAAGGGAAACAGCAGAUCUUCUCUCAUGGAUAACAAAGCUGGAGUGUGCACAUGAAGAGGGAGAAUCCAGACAUCACAAAGAAAUGAAAGAAAAAGAGGAAAAAUGGCAGCUUUGUGAAAAAAAGUGUAAGAGUUUAGAAGAACAGUUAGAAGCGAAAGUGUGUAAGGAAUCAGAAAUACAAAACCAAUCAUCACAUUCACGAAAUGAAUUGCUGACUCUAAAAACUGCCCUAAGUCAGGCAGAAGAGAAGUUAGCUGCAUUGAAACAAGAAAGGGAACAGAUGAUGAUUUCACACCAGAACAGGAUUGAGCAGCUACAAGAACGUCUUUGGCAGAAGUUGAGUGAUGAAGAUAGCUGGAGGGUAAAAAUAGAAGCAGAGCUAUCCAAGCAACAGGCCCAUCACAGCACAGAGCUUAAGGAAUUAGCACUACGGAUGAAGGAAGAGGCAAAGUUUGAAAUGGAUACUGAGAGACAAAAACAGCAAGACCUAAUAAAUAAAUACAAAGAAGAACACAAGACACUACAGGCAAAGAUACCUGACUUAAUCAGUGAUGCCACCAAAGCAUUACAGUUGGAAGUGAGCAGAAUGAAGAAAAAGCUUCAAGAGACCCAGUGCCAGCUAAAGGAGAGAGAACAUUCCAAAGAUGGUGGAAUCUAUAAUCUGGAAAAGGUAAUCUCUCAGCUAGAGAUGCAGUUAAAACAAGAACAGGACAAAGUGGAAUCCAUGACUGAGGAACUGAGGACUGAAAUACAGCAGAAAUCAAUAGAGAUAAGAGAAACACAGCAGGAGGUACAGCAGCUAAAAGAUGAGCUGGACCAGGCCAAAAAAGAGAAUAACUUUCUUGAAGAAACCGUACGCAGGGAAUGCGAGGAACGCUAUGAACUAACUGAGGCUCUUAGUCAGGCCCGAGAACAGUUGAUGGAAUUAAAGAGACUCAGUAGGGAACUUACAAAUUCUCACCGUUCAGUUAGUCAAGGACAUCUCAGCUCCUCUUCCUUGCCUGCAGGGAGCCAAACACAUAAGAUCCAAAGAAGCCUCUCUAACAAUAGCAGGACUAAACUCAGUGGCUUGCAUGGGCUUUCAACAAAUGCCAAUGCCUCAAACAAUGCUGGAUCCACUGCUUUACCAGUCAUACCAGUACUGCAUCCGUCAAAAGGGAGAGCAUCAGCUGUGGGUGAAAUCAAACAGAGGAUUGCUGCUGCUGUAAGAAGAAAAUAGACUGCUCUCAAAUUCAGGAAUAUACAUAUAUAUGCAUAAACUGAAAUCAUGGGGCCCUAUUUUAAUCCAUCCAUUUA